UCUGCUGUUUAUGCGUUUUUGGACAGAUUUUCAUAGUUUUAUUUACAUGCCAAUAGAUGGCUCCUCCGGUAGCUAAGAAAGAAACCAAAACAACACAUUCACUAUAAAAUUUAGAGAGGGAGGAUGGGGAAAACUGAGUUUUUUUCUUUUUUAGUAUAGGAAAUUAUAUUUUUCAGAGGUGAGCCAGUAUAUGUCGUCCUGACGAACAUUAACCUCAAAUUCAACCGUCUACAUAUGUCUAACUCUCCCUUACCAUAAUACUGGAUCUUGCCUAAGUUUGAACGAUGUUUAUGAUUCAUUCCGUGGUUUGUUUAAGUCUGUUUCCGGUUUACGAAGGAAGACGGUGCAAUUGUAACAGACAGCUUGCCUCUACGGUUGUGGACGGUGGUGUGUGAGAGGUUAUUGCACUCAUUAAUUUGACGUGAAGUACACUGUCAUAACUGUUUGGAAUGUUGGUGGUUGAAAUAACUUAGUUUGUGUGGUGUCUUAGGCGCUAUUAUCUUAGCCUUAUGUCAUUCAGAGAAACGAAAUUGUCAUUUACAGGAUAUUAAGCUAAAAUGAUAAUCUAAAAAACCGGAAGCACACAUCCGAUCAAUUGGUUUAUGACCACAGGUGCUGUCAUAAAACUGGAGGAUGUCAAGCAGUGGAGCUGGAGAUUUGGAUGUACUGGAGACAGCUGGUAACACAGUUAGGUCAGGUCCACCUAGAUCAUGGGCUCGGCUGCGGACUGUAGUGCACGAACUGAGGCGACAACUUUCGUCACUUUCAACUGCAGUACCAUCACAGAUCUCAUUCAGGCCUUUACCAGACGGCCGUACUCGGAUAUACUUUCUGGGCACACCAAAGCGUGGUUGGGAGACAGCGCUGCUCUAUGCUGAUGCUGGUCCUGGCCCUGGUCCUCCUCCGGGCCCUUACGCUUUGCCCUGGCAGCAUGCUGUCGAAGGCGGCUUUCCCAGGGGUAUAGCAACAGGAGCAGGCCGCUCGCGUGAGGAGCAGCUGUUGUGGGAGCGGCGCAGGCUUGCUUCAUUUGGUGUAGCAUCAUACGAAUUGCACCCUGCCUCUGGGAAGAUCAUUUUUCCUGCUGGUGGUAGCCUCUUCCAGUGUUUGGACACUGGUUUCUCGAAUGGUCCUCUAUUUCCAUCCGAGCUACGAAUGAAUCCUUGUGGUGCAAAAUUAAAUCCUAUGAUAUGCCCAACCAAUCCAGACCUUGUUGCAUAUGUUUGUCACAGUGAUAUUUGGGUUACACAUGCUGUUACAGGUGCUACAAACCGACUGACGUUUGCACAUAAGGGUGGACGUACUUUGGCUGAAGAUCCACUUAGUGCCGGCAUUCCUUCAUAUGUCAUGCAAGAGGAGUUCAGUCGUUACCAAGGGUAUUGGUGGCAGCCCAAGACGACAGAUGGAAUAUACAGGAUAGCGUAUGAAGAAGUUGAUGAAAGUGAUGUUAAAAUAUAUUGCUUCCCAUCUUCAACUUCUCAUUUAGGAGAUUUUGAGGAAUAUAGGUUCCCUCGUGCUGGCACAGCGAAUUCCAAGUCAAACCUCAAAAUGGUUCAAUUUAAGGUCAAUGAGAAUCACCAAAUCUAUGAUGUGAAUGUCCUUGAGUUGCAGUACCCCUUAUGUGUUUUGUUUCCCUGGAUGGAGUACUUAGUUCGUGUAGGUUGGACACCAAGUGGUGAUUAUGUGUGGGCUCAGUUGCUAGAUCGCCGGCAGCAGCGUCUUGAGCUAGUCCUUUUAUCUGUGGAUAACUUCCUAGAACCUCCACCAAAUGUUUAUAGUAUAGACAAACCACCAGCUGCACCAAGCCCUGCAGUUAGAGUGAUCUACACACAGCACUCGGACAUAUGGAUAAAUGUAAAUGAGUUACUUUAUUUUUUUCCGACGAAUGAGGAUAGCGAAGUACGAUUCAUCUGGGCUAGCGAGGAGACUGGUUUUCGGCAUUUGUACUUUAUUACAGCCCAUGUGAGUGGCGUAUCUAAUGGAAUUGAUGAUGCACUCGAUACUAUUGAAAAUACAUUCCUGCAAGCACGUGUCAGCCAAAAAAUUGCUCUUACAUCUGGUGACUGGGAAGUGCUGGGUCGCUCCAUUUGGGUUGAUCCAGAUAGGCAACUAGUAUACUUCCUUGGUUUGCGUGAGUCACCUCUUGAGAAGCACCUUUACGUUGUGUCACUGAGACGUCCUGAUGAAGUGCGGUUGCUUACCAGACCAGGGUAUUCUUACACAGUUGACUUCAACAAGGAAUGCACUAUGCUUGUGGCUGUUUAUAGCAACAUUCAGAAACUUCCAGCCUGUCAAGUAUUUAGAAUCAGCCACACAGACUGGACAGUAGAAGGUGUAACACUCACACCAGUUGGAUACCUUCUAGAACCCUCAGUGCCUGAGGCGAACUUCCACUACCCCGAGCUAUACACCCACAAGAUUUCUUCAGGAGACCUGCUUUAUGCCAUGGUGUUCAGACCACACAAUUUUGAGCCAGGUGUGAAAUACCCAACAGUUUUAAACAUAUAUGGUGGACCAGAAGUACAGCUUGUUUCAAAUACUUUCAAGGGCAUGCGCCAGUUACGGAUGCAUAUGUUGGCAUCACAAGGUUACUGUGUUGUGGCUGUAGAUUCACGCGGCUCACAGCACAGGGGUCUGCUCUUUGAAAGUCACCUCAAGGGCCGAAUGGGUACUGUAGAAUUGGCAGACCAGAUUGAGGUACUGCUGUGGUUAGCAGAUACUUUGGGUUAUAUCGACACCAGUCGUAUUGCUAUCCAUGGCUGGUCUUAUGGCGGUUACCUGAGUCUUAUGGGGCUUGCUCAACAUCCUGAUAUUUUCAAGGUUGCAAUAGCAGGAGCUCCAGUGACUUCAUGGGCACUUUAUGACACUGGUUACACAGAGCGUUAUAUGGAUCUUCCAGAGAAUAAUCAGCAGGGUUACAAGCAGGGUUCUAUCCUGACCUAUGUAAAUCAGUUUCCUGAUGAGGAAAACAGGCUGUUGAUUAUACAUGGACUUAUUGAUGAAAAUGUCCAUUUCUUCCACACAAGCCAGCUAAUAAAUGCCAUGAUCAAAGCUGGAAAACCAUAUCAGCUGCAAGUUUACCCAAAUGAAAGACAUAGUUUGAGAGAUUUAGAUGCCAGCAAACACUAUGAAACAAUGCUCCUUUCAUUCCUGGAAAACUAUCUGUAGUACUGUUGUGCAAGAUAACUUACUAUUCUACAAACCAAUAUGGUUUGGUUUGGCCUAUAAGAGCUUAAUUGAGAUUGCAUCUGCUCGACUGUGUAAAUGGCAAGAGGCCUUUUUUGAUUAAUGGCUGAACAUUUUGCACAUGACAGCAGAAAUUUGCUUCACGGUGUUCAAGAUGUGUUCAUGUAAGGUGUUGUACAUGUGUGUGUAUGUGUGUAAAUUUCAUGAGGUAUUGUUCAUAUGGACUGUUGCACAGUUCUGAGGUUCUGUGAUCCCCACCCUCCCUCACUCUUACUUUUUUCUAAUGCAGUCUACAGUCUGUAGAACUCAUGACUUUUUUGAAACAAAUAGUGUAGAGGUAUGAUAACAUGCCAGGGAUCUCCUAUUUAUUGUUUUAAAUUUGUAUUUAAUUUUCAUGAGUUGAGUUUGGACCUUAACUUUUCUGCUGUGAAAUGGACUGUUGAUUAUGUAAUUUUGCUGUGGCCAUUUGAGGGGCUGUUAAACUAUUUAGUUUGUAAGUAAAUGCAUCAGUAUCAUCAGAUUAGAUCUUUUUUCUGUUACUUCAUUGUUUUUGAUCUGGUGAUAUGCUGUUUUAACAGACUAUUAUUUGAAGAUACUUGUUGAGCAUUUUAAAUCUGUAUUAUUUUUGACAAUGAAUGAUCCAUAAUUGAAUUACACACAGUAUUUGUAUAUUUCGAGAAUUUUAAUCAAGUGUAAGCCAGAUCAGCAUUAUUCAUACUGUCCUAAAGAGUCAUAAUAAAUGUAUUUCUUGUGUAAAAUACAUUUUACAGUAUUAACAUACAAAAUAACUGCCAAUAUUCUUAUGUAAAUUAGUAUAUUGCAUUAUUGUUUCUUAUAUUAUCUCUAGUGGUUAAAAUAGCAAUACAACCUGCAGCAAGAAUAUUCUUAUUCUUAGAAGGAAGCUUGACUGUUGGUAAUGUCUUCUGGAGCCAGAACAUUGCUAGAAUAGUAGAAAUAAAGUGGAAGAAACAUGCAAUAUAGCCCAGUCAGAUGGAACCAAGAGAAUAUUUGCAUCCAAUUUCCAUUUUGUAACUCAAUUCGUACAUAAAUAUCACAGUUAAUGAGAUGUACAGAAGCUCUUAAAACUUUCAUUAUGGCACUGUAUUUUCUGUGUCAAACUUGUGAUAUAUGAAGUGGCAAAGAACGGAAAUUGUGUAAUUUUGUCAUGAAGCAGAGGAAUAAAAUGAAUUAUUGUUAUA